GAAGUGGUAUAAAAAUCUAGUUUGGACAACAUUGCGUCUCUCUCUCUCUCUCUCUCACACAAGCAUCCUCUCUACUUGCUCGAACAACUUCGGUAGGGCAAGUUUCUCCAUGGAUGCAUCUCGAUUCGACAUCUUCGAAAUCUAUCGAAGAUUUUGUGAUAUAAAAUCAGGAAAUGCAUAUAUGAAAUCGGGACUUGAAGAAGGGUAUAGACAAGACAGUGACCUUCAUAAGGCUAAGUUCUUAAGGGAUGCACUGACGCACCUCUCACAAUUGGUGGAGUCCAGAGUUAGUACAGGGGUAACAAUUUUUGAUGAACUUUCAAUGCUCAUGUCUCGGCUGGAUUUGAUGGUAAACUUUUCAGAGUUCUCUCGGUUUUAUGAAUUUGUUUUCUUCAUGUGUCGCGAAAAUGGUCAAAAGAACAUCACUGUAACCAAGGCACUUGCUGCUUGGAAAUUAGUUCUUAAUGGGCGGUUUCCACUGCUUCGUCCAUGGUGUGACUUUGUUGAGAAAAAUCAGCGAUACAACAUAUCUGAGGAUACGUGGCAACAGGUUCUAUCUUUCAGCUUGUGCACACGUGAUAGCCUAGAUGCAUAUGAUCCUGAAGGUGCUUGGCCAGUUUUAAUAGAUGAUUUUGUCGAGCAUAUGUACAGUUUAUUGUCAUGCAGGAUACAGGGAUCGUAUUAUGAUAAUUCCAACUUCCAUUGUAACUGUGGUGAUCCUGAAUCUCUGUCAUGUGUUUUGGAGGAACCAAUUUCUGGACUGAAAAGUUUUACUGGUCUAAAGAGGAAGUUUGCUGAAGAAACAAGAAAAGAUGAUAUGGAUUAUUCCAAUACAUGUGAUGAUGACAUGAAUUCCUCAAACUGUAAAAAAAUUAGAGCUUAUGGUGUAGAUGAUUGGGAGAACAAUCCACAAGAGGAAUGUAUGGAAACUAGUAGACAAAGUAGUUCAUCAAAGUCUCCAUGUGCAGUUGAAGGUUGUUUAUCAAAGGGAUUUGCAGGACUACUCUCAACUAGUUCCUAUGUGCAGUUUCGUAGAGAGAGGAGAGCUUCCUUCAGAUGAAUGAAGCACUCUUUACAGUUAUUAAAGUAUAUAUACAAAUUGCUUUUGGUAGUUGAUGUAUUUUAUUUUGUAUCAACUAUAAUAAUUAUUUAAUUGCAUGUAGUUGAUUAUGGUAGCUGACUAUAUAUUUUUUCAUAUGUAAUAAUACUUUAAAGAUUUUUUUUUUGGGGAAAUAAUACUUUGAAGUUUUGAAA